ACAAAAAAAAUAGAAUGGCGCUACAUGGAGAUUCUUCCGGCGAGUUUGACACCAAGUCUCCGGCGGACAAGUUAUUUACAUCUUUCACCGACGACAUAAACAACACUUUUGACAUCAUAUCGAAUGAGAAAAUCACUGAGUAUGUGGGGUGGGAGAAAAGAACAGUGACGCUGAGUAUGAGUGGAAAUCUUGUCUCGGAUAGCUACAAGAAGUUCAAAGCAACCAUCACGGUAACUCCCAAGGCAUACGAGGCCGAUGGUAGCCGCGUGUUGUGGACCGUCGAGUUCGAGAAGAUCCGCCAUGACGUCGAAGAUCCAGUGUGGAUCAUCGACAGUCUUAUCAAUUACUUAAAGGAGAUUGAUGGAGUCUUAAUAUAUAGUCUUUUCUAA